CAUUCUCAUUCUUUAUUUAAACCACCCCUCCAUCUACUUCAUUAUCUUCAACAUGCACCCUUUCAGUGAUCCAACUGUCCAUACACACGCUUCUUCCAGCUCAGGAUCUACUCUCACCUCCAAACCGAACUAAACCAACACCUUGAUACAAAACAACUCCAAGAAAAGCUCUUCAUCUUCAAUAUGGGUGCCGUCGUCUCUUGCAUCCAAGGCGUCUUCCGCGCCAUUGGUAGCUGCCUCAUGGCUAUUGUCAACGCCAUCGGCUCCAUCUGCCACGCUAUCAUCAGCGGUGUGGUCACAGUGAUCGAUGUUCUCAUCUCCUGCCUGACCUGUGGCUACUGUGGAAAACGCCGGCGGGGUCGUCGAUCAGCAGUCUGAUAGGAAACAAACCACCAUGUUGCACACCUGAGUCCAUGGAGAUAAAAGGGCUGGCUAUGGGUUCUACGAUUGUUAUGCCGGCGCGAAUUUUCUUUUGUCAUGAUAUCUUCUUGAUGUAUAUACCCCGUGGCGCACUUUUAAUUGUGAAUCAUGAAUCAAAUUUUGGGAUAUGAAACACUUUACA